AAAAUUACAAUACAAAGGAAGUUAUAUAGUAUUGAUCAUACGCACAACAUGUGUUGUAAAUUGUGUACUUUGUCACGCACAGCUAGUUAUCAAAAUAGAUAUCAGUGAAAACAUAAUUCGCAAAACUAUUAGAAUGUGAUUAUGUGUGGAUUUUCCUGAAGUAAGACAGCAUUUAAUGUAGAAACAGAUUGACCUGUUUCAAAAAUGCUACAAUGGAUGAUGAGGAACUGGAUAAAGAUCUCUUUAAGAAUUGGGUGCGAGGCUCAAAAGGACUAGAAUAUUUACAGGAAGGUCUUCAAGAAUUUGUUGGAGAAAAAAUACUACAAUGUCGUGAUAAUAUCCUUCGAAAGAUAAUAUUGACAUUACCAUCUGGAUCACCACAACAGUGCAACCAGUGUACGGAAAUUAAUCUUUCUCCAGACCAUUUCAACACAACAAAGGCAUGUAGCAGACGCACAUGUCGCCAAAAGAGCUCAAGCAACUGUUUUGGAAGCAGACCACACGGACGUAGGAAAUGUCCUGAUGGCAUUUGUAGUAAAUUUUACGAUGCCAUUAUAGACGAGCAUGCAUUUGAAGACCCCCUAUGGAAGAACACAGACCCACGUACGUGGUGUUCGGAUCCUUAUGGGUGGAGUUAUGCAAAAUGUUUCCAAACAGCUAAAGGUCUAGGAAUAUCAGCUAAAGAUACAGAUGCUGCUGGUCUGCUGAACAUUAUUAUAAACAACAAGUCAAUGCAAAACUUUGUGACCAGUAUUUAUCCUCAAACUCCCAGUUCGUUUCAUGCAGCGAGAGAAAUCCGUAAUAAAAUCUUACAUAGCUCAAAGCUUGAAAUCGACAAAACAACUGUGAGCUCUUAUUUGGACAAGUUCAUUGAAGUUCUUCAAGAUCCAAAGGGACUGAUUAACGAUGAGGCAUCAAAGAAAGCGGUUAAUAAACUAACACAGUUAAAAAACAACACAAUUCAAAUAAGCCAGGGAGACACAGUGUCACUUCUUGAGAACAGAAAUAAGGCGUUAACCGAACUUGACGAAAGAACAGCACAAUCAUUGCGUAAACUUGAUGAGAAAGCAUUGGCUGUACACAAAGAUUUUGAUAAAGUUCAGAAUGUCGCUUUAGCUGCAAAGCAAACAAUUUCUAUGAAGGAAAGGGUUGCCAUAUCUAAAAUAAACACAGCCCAGAAACAGGCAAAACGGAAGAUUGACCAUGAAAUUAAAGAAUCCGUAAAAAAGGCAAAAAAAUGUAUUGACAGAGAACAAAAAAGAGCUACCUCUGCUGUUCACACCAAGAUUUUGAAACCUGUGGAUGAUAUGGAAACUUAUUAUAACGGAGGACGAAGCACGACAGACACUGCAAUCACAAGAGCUCCUUACAUCUAA